UCCCCUGCUUCAAGUUUAACGAACGAGUAUAAACUUGCAAAAGACCAUGUUCAUUGAAAUUCCUAAUAUUCCCAAGUCUCCCACUGAAUCCCAACUCUUCACACAAUGCCUGGUGGCCUUUGCAUCCUUGGUUAGUGCCUGUCAUUUUCUCAGAUCAUCCAAUUUUUUUUCCCCGAGGAUUUGAAUCUGGUUCCACUUUUGGUGGAGAAUCCAGUUUCCACAAAGUGACUUUUAUGUUUUAAGUUUUAUCAUCACAAACCAUAUUGUUGCAUCCUCAAAUAUAUAUCUUAUUACCCCACUCUCGAUGUUCCGUCCGCAAUAUAUGCAUACUCACAUAAUCCUUGUUCCAAAUCCUCAACAAAAUAUAGCUAGUGUUUGAUCUUCACACAUCAUAACCCUUUCACCACACACCUUAUUGUUCCUCCAAAAAUGGUGGUGGCAACAAAAACCAAGGCCUUCAUGCACCAUCUUAUCACUGGUCGCUGGUUCAUGAUUUUUGCCUCGUGUCUCAUCAUGGCGGUUUCAGGGGCAACAUACAUGUUUGGUUUGUACUCCAAUGAAGUGAAAACCUCUUUGGGGUAUGACCAGUCAACGCUCAACUUGAUAAGCUUCUUCAAGGACCUUGGUGCCAACCUUGGAAUUUUCUCUGGUUUGAUCAAUGAGAUAAGCCCUCCCUGGGUGAUACUAGCCAUAGGGGCCACUAUGAACUUCGUUGGCUACUUCAUGAUAUGGCUUUCUGUCACAUCACGCAUUGCAAAACCACAAGUGUGGCAAAUGUGUCUCUACUUCUACAUUGGUGCUAAUUCUCAGUCUUUUGCUAACACUGGUGCUUUGGUUAACUGUGUCAAGAGUUUCCCUAGAAGCCGUGGAAGUGUUAUUGGUCUCCUCAAGGGUUAUGUGGGUCUAAGUGGUGCUAUUUUCACUCAGCUAUACCAUGCUUUCUAUGGUGACAAUUCUAAGGCUCUUAUAUUCCUCAUUGGUUGGCUUCCUGCUGCUAUUUCCUUCAUUUUCCUUCCAACGGUUAGGGUCUUGAGUAUCACCCCACAACACAAAGAGAUCAAGGUUUUCUACAAACUUCUUUAUAUUUCACUUGGGGUGGCAGGGUUUCUCAUGGUUUUGAUUGUUAUUCAGAACAAGUUGAGUUUCACAAGAGUGGAGUACAUAGUGGAUGGCAUGGUGGUUCUCUUUUUGCUUCUUCUACCACUUUUUGUUGUGUUUAGGGAAGAAUUCAAACUCUGGAAGAACCAAAACCAAAACCAAACCUUCACUGAUCAAGCAGAUGUUGCUGCUUCAGUUAUUGAAUUGCCACAACCACAAGCAGCACCAACUGAUUUGGAAAGGAAAAACAAUUCAUGUUUGAAGAACAUUUUCAAGCCUCCACAAAGGGGUGAGGACUACACCAUCUUCCAAGCUCUCUUCAGCAUUGACAUGCUGAUUCUGUUCAUUGCAACAGUGUUUGGUGUUGGAGGGACACUAACAGCACUUGACAAUCUAGGACAAAUUGGGAACUCAUUGGGGUACCCCAAAAAGAGCCUCACAACUUUUGUGUCCCUUGUGAGUAUAUGGAACUACUUAGGAAGAGCAUCUUCUGGCUUUGCCUCUGAGUACUUAUUGACCAAAUACAGGUUCCCUCGUCCCUUGAUGCUCACUCUAGUCAUGCUUCUUUCUUGUGUUGGCCAUCUUCUAAUAGCAUUUGGUAUCCCAAACUCUCUCUACUUUGCCUCAGUAAUUAUUGGCUUUUGCUUUGGGGCUUUAUGGCCCUUAAUGUUUGCCAUCAUAUCUGAAAUAUUUGGCCUCAAAUACUACUCUACUUUGUACAAUUUUGGGGCCGUGGCAAGCCCUGUUGGAUCUUACAUUCUGAAUGUGAAGGUCACAGGUUAUUUGUAUGAUAAAGAGGCUUUGAAGCAGUUGGAGAUGAAGGGACUCAUGAGGCAAAAGGGGAAGGACUUAACUUGCAUGGGAGUGCAGUGCUAUAAAAUGGCUUUUAUCAUAAUCACUGCUUCAACUUUAAUUGGAUGUUUUGUUUCCUUUAUUCUAGUGUUGAGGACAAGGAAAUUCUACAAAGGUGACAUCUAUGAGAAGUUCAGAGUUGAACUAGAGAAUGCUGAGAGUGUUCCAACGUUUAGCAGCACUGGCACCACCACAAACCGCGCUGAAGAACCAGAUAAAGCCAAUAGAAAAUGAUGUAUGUUUAAUAAUGUUUGCUUGGUUUGUCUAUACCUACCAACUAUGCAAUUGUUUUAUUUUACAUCAACAAUGAUGGACAUUUCAGGGACACCAAAGUUUAUUUGUUUAGUUUAUCUUGGAGAAAAUUCUGCAUGCACCAAGUAUUUUAUUAAAUUUUGGUGUUCUAUUAUUUGUUUAUUCGAAGAAGUAAUUAUGUAAUUAACUAUCA